AUGGUUUCUGGUCUUAUCGUGGGUGCUGCGUUUGCGGGCAUUUACAACUGGGCGUCUGGCGUCUACUCCUACAAUCGGGAUGCCUGGAUGACUGACAUACAGGUCGAGCAAGCUCAUCACUAUCAAAAGGACAACCUGCAAAUUCAGAUGCAAGCAAUGCGACGAGACGAAGUUAGAGAUCUUGUAAAUUCAGACAUCAACCGGAUCAACAGCUCGCUCUUGGUCGCUACAUUGAUUUUAUCACUGGCAGGAGAGAUGCUCUUCGAAGGUCAGAUUCCAACAGAUUGCCCUCCUUUUGUGCUGAAUGCCUACAUGCUCUGCCUGGGCAGCGCAGUCUUUUAUUUGACCUUGUCCAUUCUGUCUGGAAUCAUCGCCAGCAACACAGCGUACCGAAAAGCCGCAAGGCUUCUCGUUCACUACAUUCGCCCACGGUGGAAGCAGCAUUUUCAGCAGCUGCGUCAACGCCAAGCCCACGAAAACACUGCCUGUUUCGAGUCGAAGCCUGUUGGCCAGAUGAUGCUGCCUCCACUGGCCGGGCGAAUGUGGAGAUCAUUUAAGCGGAAAAAUGCCGACAAGCCUGACAACCUCUCAAGUCCAAGGGCGGUGCCGCAUAGCUUGAGUGACAUGCAUAAGAAGAACAUCGAGCGCUUUUAUUCUUUCGAGGAGAGCUCUCCAGAGACCUCUUCGCGCAAGAACCAGCCAUCUUUCCUCAGGGGAUGCUGUAAAGCCGAAUCGAGGUCGAUGGGGAAGUUCCUGGCGGGUGAGGAUGAGGCCGACUCCGACUCCGACGGGGAGGAUCGGCAAAAUCUCCAAAGAGCCAAGCGGAAGUGGCCGGUGCAAUGGUAUGUGAAGUUUUGGCACGAUCCCAACCACGAGUGGCAGAAAUACUGCAAUUGCAUGUUCUUGAGCGUUGCGCGUGGCACCACCAACUUGGUGGAAGCCUGUGGCUACCUGGCGGUGGGCACACUCUAUGGUGGUUAUGCCGAAGCGUGGGCGUUCUGGGCAGUGCAGAUGCUGUUCUCUGUGAUCAACGUCAUGGUGGUGAGAUUCCUGCUUGGCAAGUUCGAAAGGGAAGCUGCAGACAAUGACUGGCGCGACUGCCUUCUGAAGCCCAAACGCCCCUUCCUUUUGGCCUUCGUGGUGGCUUCGGGCCCUUUGUGGUGUGUCAUCGCAGCUGCGACUUCCUUCGAGAUGCUGGAUCGGUUCCUCAUUCCUACAUGCUACGGCACCCACACAGUGGUGAACAUGUACUUCGUCUGGUGGCUGGAUCACAUGACAGAGAACAUGAAGCCCGUCGCUGAGGAGGAGGAGGAAGAAAGCUCCGAAGAUCAGCUCGAGCUCGGGGGUGUUGGAGUAAGGAACGAGCGUGGUCCCCGGCCUAGAAGACCGAAAGAGAAAGGCGGACUGAGUGGAAUGAUGAUGCUCUGGCUUGGCACGCUGGUCAUUAGCGCAUUUUGGAUGUUCGCCUUGGUCUGGGCUCUCCAUGGCGCUUUCUACGGGAUGGAUUUCAGAAACAGCAAGGCUGCAGUUUCGAUGUGGCAUGAUGGGCCGCCACUUCUUGAGGUAUCGGCAACGGAUAUGGCUUCGCCAAGCCCAUUUUGGAGUCCCCAUGCUCUGGUGUGCCCACGGAACCAGGUAUUCAUUGCAGACCGAUACCGUGUAUAUGAGUUGAAAGACAACAAGUCCACUGUCGUGGUUUACCCUUGUUCAGUGAAUGGCACCAUAGCCGACAUCUCGGCAACUUGCGAUGCGACCCAUUGUUGGCCAAUCAUCCUGGUGCAUGGCACUCCAUCCUUGGUAGUGGAUUGCAAGACUGGAAUCCACAGCCCACUGCUUCAAUCGAGUGGCGAAGCCCAGCGAAUUGCCACCAGCAGAAAUGCCUCGGCCAGCACUGGUGCACUUGGAACUCUUGUAGCCACCAUUAAAGACAAGGUCAUAUCGCAGUAUGGCUGGUCUAUGGAGAGGGAUGGAUGGCAGCCGCUGUGGGACAUCCAGGAGUCCGUGGGCGUCUUAGCCCUGGACCUGGUUGACAACCGGCUUCUGAUUUUCUACCGUGGAGGCUUCCUGCAGGCGAAGGACAUUCGGACCGGUGGCAAUUGUGGCAGAUGGGCACUGCCCAGCUCAGACAGAAUAAUCGGUGGCGGAUGUGGAAACAAGGAGACAGACAGCAUGCUACUGCUGGCCAAAUCAAACGGAGGCGCGGCUUCUCAGCUGCUAAGAGCUGAGCUACCCUCCAUGAAGGAUUGCAGCCACCCUGGUGGCAACUUGCCCCAGGCGGAUAUGGCGAGGCGAAUACAGGAGUUGGACCUGGAGGCGCGCAUUGAAGCCUGCCGGUACGUUGACUACUACCUGCUGCCUGGCCGCUCCAAGAUGCAACUGACGAAGGAGCUGCUUGCAUCGCUAGUUUGUGAAGUUCCACCGGCCGAGGUUCUUGACUUGGGCCAGCUGGGUCUUUGCCGGUCGGAGAUGAUCAUGGACCGGAUCCACUUGGUUGGACUCCGCAUCAGGAACUUGCGUCUGGAGAAUUCUCACGUGAAGAAGAUCGAGGUUCACAGGUGUGACCUGCUGGACUGCGACUUCUCCUUCACAGUUACGGCCGGUGAAGUGAAAGUGAGCAGCUCAAGAUUGGAGAACGUCCAGUUCGGCGUUUUCACGAUGAUGGCAUCCGUCGAGGAGUCGCAGCUGGUGCAAUGCAAUCUUCGGGUCGCUGAAGAGCUCUUUGUUGCAGAUUCUGAGCUGGACAGCUGCACCUUCAAAGGCAGUGACGAAGAUAGGAAGGACAGGCAGUUCAUCAGUGCCAUCUUCAACAACUCGGAUUUGCAUGGGACGCAGCGCCGAGCCUGUUCCGGGUCGACAAGCAGCGCCGUCAGAAGUGCAUCCAUGGGGUGCUUGACCUAUGUGCUUUUGGUGCGCAGAGAUCGAAGAAGACGCACUGGCUGCGGUGCUGGCGAUGGUAGCGCCUGGGAAAAGGUCGAGUGGUUGGAUCUUGCACAGGGCCCUUGCCCCAGCAUCUGUGCUCAGAAGCCAACGCUUCCCGAGCUCACCACGAAACAAAUUGAUCUUCCGAUUAUGCCACUGCCAGCAGUGUAUUUGCCAAGUCCAAGCCAGCAGCUGAUGAUCUCAGAGCAAAGGUAUCUGCAGCUUUAUGAUGACAUUCUUCUGAACGGAAGUCGGAUCUUUGUGGUCACGCAUCAUCACGGGAACCUCCUCGCGAAAGUUGGGUUGAUCUUCCACCUCAAGGAACUGAAGGAUGUUUCAGCCGACACACACGGACAUUUCAAGUACGUGCCCAGGUUGCGGAGCACGAAGUCCGCGGCCGCCUGUGUCUCAGCGGGAGUUCGCAUCAUGUCCGUGGCCAACCCCGAAGACUGGACGGAGCCGUCCAGAUACCUCAGAGCUCAGGUGCAGUUGAUGGACCAGGAGCUCGACCAAGAUAUUGAUGCCUCGAAUGCCCUGGGCCGCAUCCGCCAUAAGCUGCAGGAUGCCUUGGCACUGCAAGGCACGGGUCUGGCAGACCGCAGGAAGAGCCGUGUCGCUGGGGGGCGGGGAUAUCCGGUCGCGAGGAGGAAUUGGGUAGGAAUCCCGGAUUCUGGGCGUGCCUCUCAGCGACGGGUUCCCGAGAGAGACUGCGGUGAAGUGCAUCAGCGGAAGCCGAUUGAAAGUCAGGACAUGUGCAGCAUGCUGGCCUCUGUUCAAUCCUUCAGGCUGCAGCUGAAUGUCCGCCGCCUGCGAGAGAACGUCAAGCGCCUCACGGCGCAGUGGGCGGAGCAAAAUCCCGAGGAGUACGAGGCCUUGAAAGUACAACCAGAGGUGCUGCCUGCUCGCAUUCGCCGUGAGGGCAAGCAAGUGGGGGAGCUGCUGCGUGAGGGCACUGCUCAGCUGCAGGGUACCUUCCAGUGCAUCCUGCAAGCUCCGGAUGCCGAAGAGCGUGCAGAUUUGCUGGAAAACGCUGACAUCACCUUACCGUUUGACCGAGUUGUGUGCGAGCGUACAUACUUCCAUGGCCGACUCCUCCGAAUGACCAAAGGUGGCUCCACGAUCAGCCUGAGGCGUGCAAAGCUGCGGACGCUUCCAAGAAUAGAAUGUGAGGGCAAGAUCAUCCUGUGCUUAGAGGACUGCGACUUGCUGGAGUCAUUGACCUUCCACGGGAUGCGGCUGCAGCUGCGCGGUGUCCACUGCGCAAAGCCCUGCGAGUUCCAGGAGGUCGAGUUUGCAACAAAAGUUUGCGACAUCGUCUUUCCAAGGAGCAGCCGCUUUGUGAAUGUCCGCUUCAAGGAUGGCCUACAGGCAUGCGUUGCAAGUGCCUGUCGCUUCGAGUAUUGCAACUUGGGCUACGGUCAAGAUGCGGUAGCAGACUGCUUGCUGACGCAGUGCCAUUUCCAGUCGUGCCACUUCCCUUUCUUGGAAGACUGUUCGCCUGUCGCAAACUUCGCCGGAAGCCAGUUCAUUGCCUGCCGCAUCCAGUGGAGUGGACCUUUCGCGCACGAGGAAAGUUUCGUGAUCAAUUCCCACUGGCUUCGCAAAUGGAAUCUGGCGAGAGUGGAGACGACAGUGGAUGCGAAGCCCGCUCUGGACCCUGACAGUUCUUUGAAUGCCCUGCCCACUGUGGCCGGCGGGAAAACCGACAAGGAGAGGCUCUACAGCACCAAGCUUGUGAAGCCGGGGUCGGGUGGCCUGAAACUUGGGCUGGAUGUCGACUACAUGGCGGAGCCAGAUAGCAUUGUGGAGGUAAAUGGUACGACUGGCAAAUGCCUCAGUGAAGAGUCGCCUGUGGAGAGAUCAUUCGCAAAAGGUCGGGCGCACUGGGGUGCAGGUGACGUCGCCCAAAUGCUUGACAAGUGCAAGACGGACAUAGAGCUGGAGAGCGGGUUCUGGGCCAGCGUGUUUCUGGUGAGUUUGGCGGCCGCUGGCCCAGGUGGCGCUUUGGAAAGAUUCCCGCCGCAGGUCCUCCAUGCAACAUCUUUCGUAGAUAAUUUCGACUUCACGACCAAUGGUACUUUCCAGCAAAGGAUCUUGAUGUACAGGGACUGGUGGACGACAGGGAAGCCGGUGCUGCUCUUCUUUGGAGGAGAGGGCUCGGUUGAAGGCUUCUACAACGCUACAGGUGCGAUUUUCGAACACGCAGAAGCCUUGAGUGCAAUGGUGGUUUUUGUUGAGCACCGUUGUUAUGGGAAAUCCCUUCCUGAAGUUCCUUUGAGUCGUUGCCUGCGACGGCUUACGGUGGAGCAAGCUCUGGCAGAUGUUGCCUGGUACAUCGUAAAGCUGCGUGAGCAGCUAAACUGUAAAAGGAAGGAGUGCCCGUUUAUCACACUUGGGGGCAGCUACGGUGGCAUGCUGGUUGCGUGGUUCCAGCAGAAGUACCCUCACCUUAGCGCCGGUGGCAUUGCCUCCUCGGCCCCCAUCGACUUCUACCCCCAUGAUGGACGACAAGAUGCUUUUUGGUCCGCAACCCUACACACGUUUGAAACUUUUGCAAGCCGGACGUGUGCUAACGAAUUGAACAAUUCUCUGCAGUUGUUGCGAAGCACAUCUGACUCGCCUCAAGGGCGACGGCGCCUCGGAGAACUUCUCGGUUCUUGUGACCCGCUCCUCGAAGAGGUGACUGCUGGCAGCAAGGUGGAUUUCUUCGUUCGCGGAGCAGUGAGCACCCUUGCCAUGCUUGACUACCCUGUGGCCAGUGACUUUGUAACGACACUGCCGGCAAACCCUGUAAAGGUUGCUUGCCAAAGAUUGGCUGGAACUGGGAAUCCACUUGAGGGGCUCAAGGCGGUCUUGGACUUGUUCUUGAACGCAACUGGAACCUACCGGUGCUAUGAUUUCUUGGCAGAGAUGGUCGGUCGCCCUACAAACGGAACCCAGCAUGGGCCAUCUACCCCGCCAGACAUGGGGCCAUGGCAGUAUCAGGCUUGCAACGAACUGCCAAUGCAAUCCCUCACAACCGAUGGUAUGGGGUUUUAUCCCGCUGCUGAUGGGCAGUUGUCGGAAGUGUCGGAUUCCUGCAACCUUCGUUAUGGCAUUCGCCCCAGAACUUCGUGGCUUCAAGUGAACUUCGGAGGCAGUGACCUGCAUGUCGGCCAUUUGCUCUUCACCAACGGGGAGAAAGAUCCCUGGCGAGUUGGUGCGCCGAAGCCAGAGAGGAUUGGAGAGGGUUUGGACAUCCAUCAGCAUCUGAUCCCUGGUGCGGCUCACCACGAAGACUUGCGCUUUGACGCCGCUCCGCCCCGGCCUUUGGUGUCUCUGGCGAAGCAGAAGGCAAGGGCUCUCAUGCAGCGCUGGAUCGCCGCCUUUCAGGGGAAACCCACUGCCGAGCAGGUGCGAUCAACUGCGUCAGACUCCUUGCUGCCCCUGCCAUUGCCUGCCAUCGGCAUUCCGUGCCUGGGUGGCCUUAGGCUGACGCUGUGCCGCUGCCUGAACUACGACCACUUGGUGGCUGACUUGGAGAAGCUGAUCUCGGCCAGGAACUGUGGGCCGAUCAUGAUCCGUCUUUCCUGGCAUGAUGCUGGCGUCUUCAACGGUGUUGAUGGCUGCCCCAACGCGGCAAUGCGCUUGGCCGGCAGCGGCGAACAUUCAUUAGGGGCGAAUGCAGGGCUGCCACAAGUGGCACUUGCACUUCUCGGCCCCAUCACAGAGAAGUACGUCCCGCGACUCAUUUCUCACGCAGAUCUCUGGGCCUUAGCCGCCAAUGUUUCCAUCAAGGCAAUGGGGGGACCUGAGAUUCCGACCCGGUUUGGUCGGCUUGACGCACACCACGCGUCCGAGGGGGUCUCAUCAGCCGAGGGGCGCCUUCCGGAUGGGGACAAGGAUGCCAAGCAUAUCAGAGAAAUAUUCGGCCCCAAGGGCUUCGAGGACCGUGACAUGGUCGCGCUUUCGGGUGCACACACCGUCGGGAUGUGUCAUGGCGAUCGCUCGGGCUUUGAGGGUCCAUGGACUGACGACAAGCUUCUGUUCGACAACUCCUAUUUCAAGGACUUGCUCCAGAAGCAGUGGACGAAGGAGACGAACCGGCAUGGAAAACCACAGUACAGGUCGGGUGAAAACAUGAUGCUCACAACGGACAUGGCAUUGGUAGAAGAUCCGGCCUUCAAGCAGCACGUGGAGCGGUAUGCCGCAGACCAGAAAACUUGGUUUGACGACUUCGCAAAGGCCUGGGUCCGGCUUCAGGAGUUCAACGGUGGUGAGUUGCGUGACAUACUGUGA